GUGCCGUCGACGCCAGAGCCUCUAGCGGAGACGGCUGAAAGUGAAAGUCGCUUGCUCAGUGCUGAGCGAACCGUCACGAAGGGUGGAAGUACGCGCCGCGAGCGCAGAGGGUGUGUUCGUGAGUGAGCGGGCGCCGCCUGCCAGCAGUGCCAUGGCGGACGAAGACCAGUAUGGAAUCAGCCAGAGUGGCCUGGUGGCCCGCAGUCCGGAGGGACAUGCAGCGCGUGGCAUGCAGAUCAAGGGCAACGAGGAUGUCUGGAUCGAGAUCCAGGCGCACACCUUCAAGAACUGGGUCAACGAGAAGCUGGCGCCUUCGGGGCUGCUGGUUGAGGACCUGGUGGAGGACCUGCGAGACGGAGUCUGCCUCGUCACCCUCGUCGAGAUCCUGCAGCAGAAGAAGCUGCGGAAGAUCGCGCGCCCGAUGAACCAGCACCAGUGGCUGGAGAAUGUCACCACCGCGCUCAGAGCCAUCGAGCAGGACGGCAUCAAACUAGUCAACAUCGGAAACGUGGACAUAGUAAACGGAAACCAGAAGCUGAUCCUGGGCCUCAUCUGGAGUCUCAUCAUGAAGUACCAGAUCGGCCAGUCCAAGUUCCCGCCCAAGAAGCUCAUGCUCUCCUGGCUGCAGGGUGUGCUGCCCGACUGCAAAGUCAGUAAUUUCACCACCGACUGGAAUAACGGUGUGAAUCUGAACGCCCUGGUCGACUACUGCAAGCCGGGCCUGGCACCUAACUGGCAGAACCUCGAUCCUACCAAGGGCGUGGAAAAUAACCGUACUGCGAUGACCCUCGCCAAGAAGCACUUCGGCAUCCCGACGGUGCUGGAUCCAGAGUACCUGUCGUCCCCGUAUAUCGACGAACUGUCAGGUAUGACGUACCUGUCCUACUUCAUGAACAAGGACGGACCCGGCUACAAGUCGACACUGGACUGGGUGCGGCGAGAGCUUCCUGAUGAGCGCAUCAACAACUUCACGUCCGACUGGAACGACGGUGUCAAGCUGAACAAGCUGGUGAAGAACCACGGAGGUCGUCUUCCGCCGCCUGAGAACCUCAGCCGUCGUCCUGACAACUGGGAGGACAACAUCCAAAAAGCGGUGGACGCCGGUAAGCGGCUGGGCGUCCCACCCCCUCCGCUGACGGCCCGUGACCUGGCUGACCCCGAGGUGGACUACAUCGCGCCCAUGUCGUACGUGGCGCGCUACAUGUGGCUGCCGCGGAAGGAGGUGUCACAGAACCAGCUGCGCGCCUCCUGUACCACCAAGGCCAUCCGGGUUGGCGAUCAGGUGAACUUCCGUCUGGAGUUUGACGGUGCUCCGGUGGACCCCUCGGAGCUGCGGCUGGACGUGCUUGGGCCCGGCUCCAGGACCUCUCGUGUACAGACGCGGCCGGACGACACGGGUAUCACGUGCAGCUUCACACCGGAUGUUAUGGGACAACACCAGGUACGGGUUUACCACGAGAAGGAGCUGGUGGAGGGGUGUCCGUUCAGCGUGCGUGCCGUACCGCUCAUCAGCCUCCAGCCCCGGCCGUCCGGGAUCGACCCCUGCGCGCUUGGCUCCACCGUCGAGGUGCUGAUAAACCCGUCGGAGGCGAGUGACGGCCGGAUCAUCGUGACGGCCUACUCGCCGCUGCACCGGCCCCUCGACUGUCCCGUUUCGUGCACGGACGGCGUCUACUCGGCCAAGUUUCAGCCGGACGAGGUCGGCGAGUGGAAGAUCCACGUCACCUACGAGGGACAACACAUCCAGGGAUCGCCCUUCAACUGCUUCGUCUACGACCCGCACGCCGUUCGGGUGGGAGAGCUGGAGGGUACCGAGCCGGGACGGCCGUUCACAUUUAUCGUGGACGCCCGAGACGCCGGCUGGGGUGAGGUGAAGACUGACAUCGUCUGGGAGCAGCGCUCGCUCCACCACACGGUCACAGAGAUUGAGAAGGAGAUGUACCGAGUCACGGUCACGCCACCCGAGUACGGAAAAUACCGCGUCUAUAUCUACUUCAACGGUGUGGAGAUCAAAGGAUGUCCAUUCAAACUCCGUGUCGACAAGAACGGCAAGCACUCCAUCACCAAGCGGUCUGCCAACACGGCAGUCAACGCCAGCCGACUGAACGAGCUGAACAGCCGGCUAAAGGCCUCGCCGCCGCCGCGCGUCAAAAACCCCGAGGAGGAUGUCCAGUUCAUGAGGUCCACCCUGGAGGAGAUGAAGAAUCACCAGGUGAUUCGUGCCGCUGAUUACGACGAGAAGAGGAAGGCGAUCGACCAAGUCACCAGCAACACGCUCAACUUCAACCAGAUGAACCUGGACGAAUGGAACGUGCGAGAUCGCUCCAGAAGCCAUUCCUCGUUCGAAUACGACUACGACCCGGCUGCGCACAUCAAGCACAUCAUCAAAUCAGCGCGACCCGACUUCGACCCAUCAUCAGCCGAGAAGAUCCAUGUGCCGCGGGCAGACAGGGACAAGAGCGGGACACUGGACCGCUCUGGGACGUUGGACCGCUCUGGAACGCUGGAUCGGUCUGGGACGCUGGACAGAUCCACUCUGGAUAGAUCCACGCUCGACAGAUCCACACUGGAUCGCUCAACCCAUGACCGCUCCACGUAUGACCGUUCUACCAUCGAUCGAUCCACCACUGACCGUUCUACCAUUGACCGUUCUACUAUUGACCGUUCUACCAUUGAUCGGUCUACAAUCGACCGGUCCACCAUCGAGAGGACGGAGAAGUUUGAGCGCCACUCGGACUCCGUGAGGGGACACUCGGAGUCGCUCCGAGGACUCGAGGAACAGGUGAUGCAGUCGUCGUCGCGUCUGCUGCAGUCAGCUGUCCACUCUGACGUCACUACCACCCAUGGUGACGUCACGGUGCGCGGAGCCGGUCUGCGCACAGUGCCCGUGUCACGGCCCGCCGAGUUCUUCAUUACGGGCCCGCCGGGCACUGCCAAACAUGACAUACGGGUCACUAUCAGAGAUCCGUCAGACCGACGCACGGUCGGCGACCACGAGGUGGACAUUGAGCUGCGCGGUGACCCGGUGCCCGGCUCUCCACUGGUCAGUAGCGUCUACGACACGUCCCAGAUCAGCGUGGCCACCAUCCCCGACGGCACCGUCGGGCGGCCAGUGCAGUUCGAGAUUGAUGGCUCCCGCGCCGGCGCCGGCAACCUGGAGAUUCUGGUGAACGGCGGUCACGUGACCUCGUACGUCAAGGACCUAGGCCAGCAGCGGUUCAUGGCCUCGUUCGUGCCACACUAUGCCAUGAAACACGUGAUCGAGAUGAAGUUCAACGACGAGGACGUGCCAGGCUCGCCGUGGGAGGUGGACGUGGGCGCGAUGGACGCGUCCGGAGGUCUACAGGUGAUGGGGGAGCACCUCAAACACUUCCCAGCCAACAAGCCGGCCUCGAUUGACAUCGCGGCGCCGGGCAGGAGCAAGGCCGACCUCUCUGUCGAUGUUGUCGGUCCGUCCAAACGGACGGUUCCGUUCACACUGACAGAGAAGGGCAGCGGAAUCUUCAAAUGUCAGUUCAACGCCUCAGAAGUGGGCAGUCAUGUCAUCAAUGUCAACGUUGACGGACAACCGAUACCCGGCAGCCCGUUUGUAUCCAAGGCAUACAACGCGGGACUGAUUCGGGUGUCGGACGUUCCUACCGGAGUGGUAGGCCAGACCUGCCAGUUCAGAGUGGAUGCCAGCCAGGCCGGCGAGGGCCAGCUGGAGAUCUCCAUCAACGAGGGCGAGGUGCCCAACCACGUGCAGGUGCUGGGCGGCGGCCGGUGCCUGGUCACCUUCACACCAGAGAUGCCCAAGACACACACCAUCGACAUCAAGUUCAACGGCGAGCCGGUGCCCGGCUGUCCGUUCGUGUGCCGUGUGCAGGGCAGCUCGCGGGUCACGGUGAACCUGCGCCACCUGGAGCUGCUGCCGGUGCGCCAGCCGGCCAGCUUCCUCAUCCAUAUCGACGGCGGAGGGAACGCCGAGCUGGCCGUGUCGGUCCGAGGACCGGCGCACUCUACACUCCCCGUCAAGGUGACGGGCAAUGUGCGCAGUGGCUUCACGGCCGAGUUCACCCCGCUGGAGGUGGGCGCCCACACGGUGCUGGUCGAGUAUAACGGCGCGCCCGUCAGCGGUACGCCGUUCACGUGCAAGGUGUACGACACGGGACGCGUCACCGUCACCAGCAUGCCCAAGGGCGCCAUCGGCAAGAGCCUCCAGUUCACAGUGGAUGCUAGCGAGGCCGGGGAGGGUAACCUGGAGAUAUCGAUCAGCGCAGGAGGGCGCAACAUCCCCACCCAGGUGCACCCGCAGGGCUCGGCGCGAUUCGGCGUCAGUUUCGUGCCGCUCGAGCCCGUCGAUCACAACAUCAGCAUUUCCUUCAACAAGGAGCCCAUCCCCGGCUCUCCGUUCGUAGCACACGUACAGUCCGAUCCGAACCACAUCGUGGUCAAAGGCGCGUCUCUCGCCUCGACUGCCGUUGGCAAGUCGUCCUAUUUCACGCUGAGCAACGUCUCUGGAAACGUCGAAGAGGUCGAGGUCAACGUCGAUGGCCCCAAUGGGCCGCCGGUGCCGACGCAAAUCAAAGACAACGGCGACGGCAGCCUGACGGUGGAGUUCAGUCCCCGGCUGGCCGGCGAGCACCGCAUCCAUGUGGCGUACGGAGGCACGCCCAUCCCGGGCAGCCCGUUCGCCUGCAAGGUCUAUGACGUCACCGCCAUCAAGGUCAAGGAGGUCACCAAGGGCGUCGUCGGCCGGCCCGUCACAUUCAUCGUGGAGACGAUGAACGCCGGUCCAGGUAACCUCGAGGUGACGGUCAACAACGGUCAGGUGCCGACAUCUGCGCAGUCGCAGGGUCAGCACAAGUACGCCAUCUCAUUCACACCCAAGGAGGCCAAACUCCAUCAGGUCGAACUCAAGUUCAACGGCGAAAAUGUGCCUGGCUCCCCGUUCAGCUGCGCGGUGAUGGACGCCUCCCAGGUGUCCGUCUCCGGCGCCGGUGUCGGAAAGGUGCCCGUCGGCCGGCAGACCUGCUUCAACAUCGACACACAGGGCACACAUGAGCUAUCUGACCUGUCAGUGACGAUUCUCUCGCCUCUCCGCCGACCCGUCUCGGCCGAGGUCUGGAGUGUCGACGACAACAGGGCCAUGGUCGAAUACACGCCCACCGAAGUCGGUGACCACAGCGUUGAGGUGCGACUGGGAGGCAUGCUUAUCCCAGGAGCCCCUUUUGUCGUCAAGGCCUAUGACGUCAACAAGGUCAAGGUCACCGAUGUACAAAAUGGCGUCGUCGGGAAGCCGGUCUACUUCUGCAUUGACGCCAGCCAGGCCGGAGCCGGCAAUCUGGAAAUCAUCGUAUCCGUGCACGGUCGAAACGUGCCCAACUACGUUCAGUCGGAGGGAAACGCUCGGUUCCGGGUCAACUUCAAACCGCAGGAGUCGGCCAACCACAUCCUCAGCGUGCGCUUCAACGGCGAGCCGGUGCCAGGCUCUCCGUUCACCUGCAAGAUCACCGACUCGUCCCAGGUGGUGGUUUCCGGCCAGUCACUAAAGAUGUCGCCGCUGUCGCGUCCGGCCGUGUUCACCGUGGACCCGCGCGGCGUCACCGUUACCGAGUGUGUCGUCACAGUGACGUCACCGUCGGGUCAGUCUGUGCCGGUGCGCGUGCAGCAGGGCGCCAGCGGCCGGUACAGCGCCGAGUUCCAGCCGACGGAGGUGGGGCCGCACACGGUCAGCGUGGUGAUGGACGGAGAACCGGUGGGCGGGUCACCGUUCACCUGUAACAUCUACGACGUCGGAAGAGUGGUGGUCACUGGUCUCGAGAACACCAAGGUUGGGCGUCCCGUCACAUUUACCGUGGACGCCUCCCACGCCGGAGAGGGCACACUCGAGCUGGUGGUCACUACCGGCAAAGCUACAGUGAGAGCCGAGGUGGCCGCUCGCAGCCGAGGACUGUAUGACGUCACCUUCGUGGCCCAGGAGGCCAUCCCGCACUUUGUCAACGUCACCUUCAACGAGGAGGAUGUGCCGGGGAGUCCGUUCAAGUGCGACGUUCGUGAGCUAGACGCCCGCGAGAUGCGUCACAUUCAGCGUAAGGAGAGUAAGAUGGUGACAGCCCGAGGGGACGGCCUCAAACAGGUGGUCAGCGGCAGCUGGGCCACCUUCGACGUCGACGCCAAGGGCAUGGAGGGCGAGGUCGAGGUCAAAAUCAUCGGUCCACACGGCAGCGAGGUACCGUCCCGUCUGACCCGUCUCAAGUCGGGUCUAUACCGUGCCGAGUACCGGGCCGCCGAGGUCGGCGGCUACACGGUGUCCGUCUACCACGGCGGUCAGACCAUCAGCAAGCAGCCGUUCGUGGUCGAGGUGGCCGACCCGAACCGGGUGCGGCUGAGGCCCGGCGAGCAGCCCGCCGUCGGCAGGGAGGCCGUCCUCAAAGUGGACGCGUCCCAGGCGGGUCGCGGCACCCUGUCGGUAUCGGUGCGGGCCGCAGGUCAAGAGGUCAAACACUCGAUCCGUGACAUCGGCUCGGGUCAGUACGAGGUCAUCUUCACACCAAAGGUGGCCAUUCCACACAAGGUCGAUGUCAAGUACAACAGCGUGCCUGUUACCGGCUGUCCGGUCGAGAUGGACGUCCGGAACCCGGCGCAAGGCAAAUCCAUCACCGCCUCGGGCCUGGGCCUGCACCAGUCGCGCGCCAACAAGCCCACCUCGUUCGUCCUGGAGACGCUCGGCCACGCCGGCAAGGAGUUUGAUGUGGUGGUGACCUCACCCACCGGAUCGGCGGUGCCCGUCAAGUGCUACCAGCAGAAGGACGGAAACAUGCUCGUCGAGUUCGUCCCCGGAGUGGCUGGUCCGUACACGGUGGAGGUCCUGCACGACAUGAAGGCCAUCCGCGGCUCCCCCUUCACCUGCCAGACCUACGACGCCUCCAAGGUAGUCAUUGACGAGCUCAAGAUCAAGCAGUUCAGCAUCAACGAGAAAAUCGCCGUCAAUCUGAGUCGCCAGAACGCCGGUCUGGCCGAGCUGGACGUGACGGUGACGUCGCCUCUGGGGAAGAACCUGCCGAUCGACGUGACGGCCACCAACGAGGACGGCGAGGUGAUCGAGUUCCUGCCCACCGUGCCGGGACGCUACAAACUGGCCAUCACCUACGGCGGGGAGGAGGUGCCAGGCUCUCCGCUGACGUUUGUCGUUGAGGAGGAGGGCAUGGCACGUGCCACUGGAGACGGUCUGACGGCCGGACAGCUCGGCCAGCCGGUCACAUUCAAACUGGACGCAGUGGGGCUCAUGGGAGAACCGCAGGUUCAGGUCGACGGCCCGGACAGCGUGGCCAAGACUAGUGUCGAGGAGGAGUCGCCCGGCCGAUACCUGGUCACCUACACACCGCGAGAAGUCGGCCUGUUUGACGUGCGCGUCCUCUGGAACGGCAGGGAGGUGCCCGGCUCGCCAUUCCACCCCAAAAUCGUCGACCCCAGAAAGGUGCGGGUGAUCGGUGGAUGGGAGAGUCAGCAGGACCGCGAGGGACGACUGGAGCUCUCUGUUGCCGAGGAGAAGAAGCUCGUGUUCGAUGUGGCAGAGGCAGGACCCGGGAAGCUGCGUGGCGAGGUGCGCAGCGGCAGUAACGCCACCAUCCCGUGUCGCGUGGACCACCCGUCGGCGUCCCGCUCCAGGGUGUCGUUUGUACCCCAGGAGGCCGGCGAGCACUUGCUGUACCUCUACUGGAACGACCUGCCGCUGCCCGGAUCACCCUUCCUCGUUCCGUUCUCAGCGUUCGCGGACACGAUGAGCUCGUCCUCUGACAGUUCGCGAGUGGUUCUGCGCGGCCACGGCCUGGCCAGCGCCCGCUGUGGCGAGGAGGCCGAGUUCACCAUCGACGGGUCGCAGGCCGGACCAGGCUCUCCCGAGGUCACGAUGAGCGGUGUAAAGGCCGACAUUAACGUUCACCUGCACCCGAGCGGUAACAACGUGUACCGGGCCGCAUACACCCCGUCCGUGGCCGGGGCCUACCUGCUGAACGUCGCCUGGUCCGGCAGACAGAUCAAGGGCUGUCCUCUGAAGGUGACGGUGGCGGCCGUGGCGGACGCCAGUCGGGUCGUCUGCAAGGGAGACGGUCUGCGGGGCGGUGUGGUCGGUCACGAGAUCAAAUCCUUCAUCGACACGCGCCGCGCCGGUCCCGGCGAGCUGUCCGCUCACUGCGUCGGUCCGCACAAGACGGCCUUCUCGGAGCUGUACGACCACCAGGACGGCACGUUCAGCCUCAACGUGAAGCCACAGGAGCCGGGACGUCAUCAGCUCAUCAUCAAAUACGGCGGGGAGCACGUGCCGGGCAGUCCGUUCUCGCUGCGGAUCGCCGGCCCGCCGGACGCCAGUAAGGUGCGGGUGUACGGACCUGGUGUCGAGCCGGGUGUCCUGUCUCUGUACCAGUCACGGUUCAUGUGUGACACGCGAGGAGCUGGCGCCGGCCAGCUGACCGUUCGCAUCCGGGGACCGAAAGCGGCGUUCCGUGUGGAGAUGCAGCGUGAGUCUCAGAAAGACCGCAUCAUACUCUGCAAGUACGACCCCACCGAGCCGGGCGACUACAGGAUAGAGGUCAAGUGGUCGGGUGACAACGUGCCUGGCAGCCCCUUCAACGUGGCCAUCUUCGACACACAGGAGGAGCUCAACCGAUACGUGCACUCCGGCUACUCGCCUGGUUCCAACAAGCUCGGCAUGGGCUCCGAGUUCUACGGCUCCAUCUACGGCGGCUACGGCGGCCAGAUGUCGUGGAGAGGCUCCCAGGUCCAGCUCUAACUGCCAGCACCAUCUGCCGAACAAAUACGGUACUUCAACAUCCGCCGCCGGCCAGAAGAUGGCUCGGUGGUCUGUGUCUAGCGCGAGCGGUAAUGCCGAUAGCUAGCCCGUGUCCCGUUUAUCGAAGAGAAUACCGAGGAUAUAUGUAUAUUUUGUCGUUCGUGAUCACCGUUCCGUGCUUCUAUCCUCAGGAUACUGAAAUCCUUCUCCUCCACGCCGCAACCCCUUUCCGGGCUGGACAGGCAACUUUAUCUCAUGCGGGCUGCUCCCUUGGAGCGG